AUGGCCAACGAGCUCCUCAUCAACACCACAAUCUCUGCACUUUCCCUAAGCCAACGCUUCGCCACAGUCAACGGAACAGAGACCCGCGCUUUCAACGUCUACCGCUUCGAGAACAAACUCGCCUUCUUCCUACCAUACGGCCUCUCACUCGCCCUAGCAAUACCAAUCGUAGUACUAGGGCUCGUAGCUCUCUACGUCCAGAACCACGGCGUUUCAGCUAUCAGUGGGGGUUUCAUGCAGCUUCUGAUGACGACUACUGGACGAGGUACACUUGAAGCGGUCGUUAUGAGAGGCUCUGGCACGCUAGGCGGAUACGAGAAUGUUUCGGAAGAGCUGCGUGGGAUGGAGGUUAGGUUUGGGGAGCUGAUCGAAGUUAGUGGGGAUGAAGUUAAAGAGACUGACACGCUUUUGAGUGGGCAUGACGGGCUUGCUGAUGUGCGGAAUGAUGAUCGUUCGCAGUUAGGUGUGCAGGCUGCGUCUGGAACGGAGCGGUUCGAGGACAGCGUUUCUGUAGCGCGAAGAGCCGGCUUCGGCACGGUCGAUGAAGUGAUACCAUUCAGGAAGGAAGCAGAACAGUAG